AUGCUCGGCUGUGGGAGAGUGACAGUUGGCCGAGGACGGUCGGACGCAACGGUGUCUACUCCGGUGUCUGCCUGUGAGCACCUGUGCACGUGUAUACCGACACAAGCCUUGUCUGCGCACGUGGCCCCAGGCACGCACAAGUGUCGACCUAUUGCACAGAAUGGUGACUUCUGUAUUUUUGCCCCGUGGACAAUGUAUGACCUGCCGACGGUGCUGCUGGGGCGUGUGCAGACCAGGCAGACGGACAGACAGACUGACAGACUGACUUACAGAUGCACGCACAUGGGCACUAGACAACGGGCAGACACACUCAACAGUCCAGCCGAGGACAUGCACACAGCAGGCAGACACAUGUUGGCCGGUGGUUGUGUCACUGAGACAACCACUUCUGUCCCAGAAGUUGGCAGCAGAGACCCUCUCUUUUCACAGUCUGCUGACUCCUUCAGGCAACUCAGCCACAAAAUCUGGCUCGUCACCGAAAAAAAUUAUUUAAAAAAAUGUUUUGACGCUAUUUUGAUCACGAUCUCCUUUCGUUACACAAGAGUGAUAUGA